UCCUACCCUCCUUCCUCCUCCGGUCGUAGCGGCGGCGCCCAGCGGCCGCGCCACCGCGUCGUCCCCCCGCCAGCUGCGGCGCCUCGCCUGGUCCACCGGCGGAGGGGCCGUGCGGCGCCCCGCCUCUUUCGCCCGCGGAGACCGGGGAAAGCGCAGUUCCGUUGCUAUCAGCGGCCUUCGCCUCUGCCCUGAGUAGGCGGCGGAAAGCGCGGUGGCUAAGGACUCCAACUGCAGCGGCGUGUUCCAGAAGUAUCGCGGAAACUGACGCCUUCUUCCGGGAGCAACUGAGCAAAGGGUAUGCAUACAUUUUCUUACUGAGCAACCUUUUGGAAUCCCUCUCUAAGGAACUGUUUACUGCAACAUCUUUAGGUUCUUAUUAAUACCAUGGAUCAGAAACCUAAGGAUGAUUUUGAUUUCCUUGAACCAUCAGUACUCUUAGAUGAGACACACUAUCAAACGGGUUUCAAGAAUGGUUAUAGUGAGGGCUUGGUGUCUGGAAAAGAAGAGGGAAGGCAGGUUGGUUUAAAGAAUGGUUUUCAGGUAGGUGAAGAACUAGGUUUUUAUCAGGGAUGUCUGGAUGUUUGGACGUCGUUGGUUUCAAUUGAUCAAGAUGCAUUCUCAGCUCGGGUCAGGAAAAACAUUGAGCAACUAGCUGCACUGUUGAGAAGCUAUCCGUUGUCGAACCCAGAAGACGAGCAAGUUCAAGAUAUAAUGGAGAAGAUAAGACUGAAAUUCAGGGUUAUCACAGCAAGUUUAGGUACAAAACUGGAGUAUCAAGGUCGCCCUACAUCAUCCAAGCAGGAUGUUGAGGAUCUGUAACUAGUUUAGCUUUCAUUGUCAAAUUACCAUGUUGAAAUGAUAUAUGAGACCCAAACAUGUUUAUGUAGGUUUCGGUUAACGAAUACUUGUUCGAGUGAAUGCUGCUAUAUUACUCUGUUUCUAAACAUCUUAUGAAGGCCACCGGGAUCACAGUGGAGACCUGAAAGCCUGUAUCUGAGUAUCUAUGUACACUCAAGUUAAUUUGAGGCAGUUCUGGACUCAUCUUGUUUUU